AUGAAAAGCGGCAAGUACAGCCUCGGCUACAAGACCACACUGAAGACUCUGAGGCAGGGCAAGUCCAAGCUUGUGCUGAUCUCCAACAACUGCCCCGCUUUGAGAAAGAGCGAGAUUGAGUACUACGCCAUGCUGGCAAAGACUGGGGUGCACCACUUCCAUGGUGACAACAACGAGCUUGGAACAGCCUGUGGACGAUACUACC